AUGAGGAUAGUCAAAUUUCUUCCCGCCGUGCUGGCGGCAACACUCCCCCCCACAGUCUUCGCCCAAACAUGGUCGGAUUGCAACCCAUUAACAACGACAUGCCCGCCGGAUACUGCCCUCGGCAUGGCAAUCCGAGUAGACUUCACAAAGGGAGAAGUAAACUCCUUCGUAGCCUCGGGCUCCCCCAUUUACGAUGGCGACGGCGUCUCCUUCAGCGUCGCGCGGUCGGGUGAUGCACCACAACUUAUCUCGACGUUCUACAUCAUGUUCGGCCGCGUCGAAAUCACCAUGAAGGCGGCGCCCGGAACCGGCAUCGUCAGCUCCGCCGUCCUCCAAUCCGACACCCUCGACGAAAUCGACCUCGAAUGGCUCGGCGUCGACUCCGGCCAGGUCCAGACGAACUACUUCGGAAAGGGUAUAGUUGGCAGUUACAAUAGAGGACAGUUCAACCCGGCUCCGAACAACCAAGCCGACUGGCACACCUACGUCAUAGAUUGGACCAAGGACCGCAUCGUCUGGCUCGUCGACGGAACCGAGAUCCGCACGCAAACCGCCGACACCGCCGAGGCGAACCAAUAUCCCCAGACACCCAUGCAAUUCAAGUUCGGAGCCUGGGCCGGCGGCGACCCGGGAAACGCCCAGGGAACCAUCGACUGGGCCGGUGGCCUGACCAACUACGAGAACGGGCCCUUCACCAUGAGGGUCCAAUCCAUCGCCGUCACCGACUACUCCACGGGGAAGGAGUAUCGCUACAAGGACAACUCGGGCUCCUGGCAAUCCAUCGAGGCCGUCGACGGCGAGGUGAACGGCAACAUCGGCAACGUCGACAUGAUCACCGCCACCGCGAGCGCCGCCUCCCCUACGGAUGGGAGCUCCGCUCCGCGCGUGCCCCAGGGCGGUAUCGGCACCGCGAGCGGUGACGCUACGCUGACCCAGACCGGUUGGCCGUGGGUACCUGGCGCUACUCCCGACCAGGGCUCCGUUCCAGACGGCUGGAGGAUGACCGAGGAGGGCAAGAUUGUGCCGAAUGAUUCGGCGAGCGUGAGGCCUCCUCUUGUUGCUUUGCUGAGCUCUUUGCUGCUUGGCGCUCUCAUCUUUAUUGGUCAUUCUUCCUAG